AUGAUGACCAUUUAUCCAAGGGGUUCAUUCCACACACAGGUGAACCGGGGCUAUGAACCUGCAGGUUUCGCUGCCACCUUCACGGCGGAGGACUAUGGAAUGACUUUAGUUGCGAACCAGACCUAUGCCAUGAGCGAUGAUAUUAUUGUUCGCACGUUUGGGCAAAGCAUUGUCGGUGAGGAUAUUGGUAGGGUACGCGAUGCUAUUCCAAAGACUGCGUUAAUCAUGGUCGAGGAAUGUCUGAGUAAGUGUGGCAAGAAGAAGAACCCCAUAUGA